AUGAGUAUUAAGCUGGUAGUUGGUGGGUUUACUGUAAACGUGAUUAGUGCAUAUGCUCCUCAGGUAGGUUUGAACCAAGAGGUCAAGAAGCAAUUUUGGGAUGAUUUGGACGAGAUGGUGCGUAGUAUCCCGCACACAGAGAAGUUGUUCAUUGGCGGAGAUUUCAAUGGUCAUAUUGGGGCUAGUGCAGGGGGUUAUGAUGAUGUGCAUGGCGGGUACGGUUUUGGGGAUAGGAAUGAGGGAGGUAAUUCACUGUUGGAGUUUGCUAGAGCUUUUGAAUCGGUUAUAGCUAACUCGAGUUUCCCGAAGAGGGAAGAGCACCUGGUCACUUUUCGAAAUUUAAUGGGCAAGAUUCAGAUUGAUUUUCUUCUCUGCAGGAAAUGCGAUAAAGGUUUGUGCACUGACUGCAAGGUCAUCCCGAGGGACUGGUGGUGGAAUGGAGAGGUUCAAGGUAAAGUGGAAGCUAAGAAAGCUGCUUAUUUGAAGCUAGUAGAGAGUACAAAUGAGGAGGAAAAAAGGACUUAUCGGGAGUGUUACAUAAAGGCGAAGAAAGAGGCAAAGUUAGCAGUUACGACGGCUAAGAAAGCAGCGUUUGCUCGUUUGUACGAGGAGAUCGAGGGCAAAGGAGGGGACACCGGUUGGCCAAG